AUGGCCGACUACAUCGAAUUCGGCGGAGUCCAUGUGGAUUUCAACACCAAUAUUAUCAUGAUUGCUAUGUUCCUCUGUGUUUUGGCGAAGAUCAUUUUGAGCUCCCCGCUGCUAGCCCAGCUCGUCCGCAAUAGAUAUGGCGAAACCUGCGUUUGCCCCGUCGUCAACCACUUCCACUACAACUACGACCACCACCAUGACCAUGACCACGACCAUGGCCACAACCACAACCACAACCACAACCACGACCAGGACCAUGACCACCACCUCCGCCACAGGGAGGUCAGGCGCUAA